CUUUGCCAUUGGCGCCGGGCGCUGCGGCACGGGUGAGGCUCCACGCCCACAGGCAUAAGAAGGCCGUCUGCCGCCGGGCUGCAGCCGCAGCGCUGGGCAUCGCCAAGGGAGGACUGUGCUGUGACCAUGUCUGAGCUGGAGAAGGCCAUGAUCGCCAUCAUCGAUGCUUUCCACCAGUACUCUGGGAAGGAAGGAGACAAGCAUAAGCUGAAGAAAUCGGAGCUGAAGGAGCUCAUUAACAAUGAAUUAACCCAUUUCCUUGGUGAGAUCAAAGACCAAGAGACUGUGGACAAAGUCAUGGAGGCACUGGACAGUGAUGGGGAUGCAGAGUGCGACUUCCAGGAGUUUGUGGCCUUCAUUGCCAUGGUUACCUCUGCUUGCCAUGAGUUCUUUGAGCAUGAGUGAGCUGGUGAGAAGCAGUUGAGCAGCUCCCACUCACGCUGGAGAGAUGCAAAGCAGCACCACUCCUCUUGGGAAAAGACUGGAUGCACUUGGGAGCUCCGUGAAGUUAAGCUUGUGCUACUUAAGCAGCUUAUUAAACUCUGCAGCUUUGUGAGCUGAAAUGCCCAUGCAUCUUGGGAAAGCCUCUUGGACAGUGCCCACCUGGGAUGCUGUGUGUAUGAAUGCCUCAUCGCAAGCUCACUCCCUGCUGCUGCAUGCAAGGGACAGGCAGGGGGCUGGAAGCAGGUGGCUGCUGCAACCCGAGGUUGCUGGCAAAGGGAGAAGGAAAAUUCAAGGGUUGAGGCAGGGAGUGAUGCAGAGAGGCUGGCUAGAGAAGCCUGGCUCUGAGCCCAUUGGGCUACACUGAAAGACUCCUGUGACCUCUGUGGGCUCUGACUGCCCUGUGCGUGCUACUAACCCUGGAGACUUAGCAGAGCCCAUGCAGUCCUUGCCUGCUUGAGACACUCCUGGCUUGAAAGGCAAAGCAUAACCAUGUAACAGCUCAGGCUUUUCUCCUGUCUAUGAAUCCUCCUGCUUGUAGCUGUCUGCAGAACUGGAAGUGAAAGCAUAGGAGGCUCCUGGGCUGGGCCUAAGGCAUGCAUUGGCAAGCUCUACAGGCUCAGCCAGAAGGAAGGGGAAAAUCCAUACGUGAUCAGCUGCAGCCUUCAGAGCGUGUGGAAACAAUGAGAAUAAAAUGUUGGUCUGGUCUUUGGGUCAUUAAUUGGGCUCUGGUGAAAAAUGCGUCCUUUUAUUCCCAGGCUUUGUACACCUUGUGCUUGCCCUGAGUUGUCAAAGGUUGAGGAAUACAGCCUCGGAGCACCACUGCAGUUCACACUGGCAGCAGGUUCAUUUGCCUAGGGUUCUCUUUCAGCUCCUGUCUUCUAUCAGUCUGCAUUUGCCAUCUGGAUCAGGCAUGACUGUGAGUGGGGCAUUCAUGGCUAGGAACAACACAGCAGCAUCUCCACUACAAAUUCACAGUAAAGAGGGCUGUGGAUUAUGUUGUUUUUACUUUGUAAUGAUUCAGUGAACAAAAUAACCUAGUUUUUGACAGGGAUCAUCUUAUUAUUCUAAUUUGCCUCCCCAAGCAGUGGCAGAGGAUGGUCAAGCAGAGACAUGCAUACGAGAAAGACAGUAUCUUGUGCUCCAUCAAGAACUGAAAAGGUUUUGCUAUCCUAAGGUAGUGCGCAUCCAAGUUACUUCCAUUACGUGCCUGACAUCAUUUCCUUGUACUGCUCACUUUCAGUCAUGUCCACCACUUGUACAGAUGGACCUGAGGACGUGAGGGGACAAUGGAUGAGGACUGACUGUCCUAGAGCAUCCCACGGUGAGGGCAGCUUUACCAGCUUUAACACUCACAACCCUGUCUUAAGCCUGAACCCAAGUUCAUCAGAGGGGUCUCACGCUCCAGCAGAAGGCUUUGCAGGUGAGGCUCUGGCACCCACCUUUUUGUGAGGGUUGCCAGUGUGGCAUAUGGAUGAGGAGCCCUUCCCUAAGACAGUCCAUUCAGUGGCUCAGUACAGCACUGUCGUAGCUGAGAACUGCAGCGCAUCUCAGAGCAGGCUGCCUUGUCCCUGGCCAACAAUGAGAGCAAGAGCAGGAGUGAAACUAUACGUCUCCACACACAUUUCUGGCAGUUAGAAUGAUCCACCACUGCUGGAAAUGCACAGGGGACUCACCUUGCACAAGAAGAAACUGGUACUUCUUGUCAGAGAGGAGGAAAAUGGCGUAUCUUCCUUCAAGUUAGGUCCCCUGGUAGUUAUCAGUGCAGCACACCUCUCCUGCAGAGUAAAGCAGAGCUCUUCUGAAGCAAAGAAACAGACUGCACAGGCACGGGCCUCAGCACCACCCGGUCUGCACAGCUCUGCUCCUGCAUCCACUGUAUGCAGCACAGAAGAUGCCUCAGGUUUGUGGCUGAUGGGGAGGGUUGUCAGAACUGCAGAAGGCAGACAUCACAGCAGGGCUGAAGGAGGCUCCAAGGAUCCACACAAUCCACUAACAUCCAUCCGGACCAGGCGAGAUACUUAGAAGUGCCAGACCUGGCUGCAACAGAUCUGCAGAAAAACAGCUCUGGCAGUGACAGGUCAUUCAUCUGGUAAUUGAUGUGACAGACCAACACAUUUAUUUUUAUUUUGUUAUGCCCCCAUCCCUGCCAAUGUAAACAGGCCAGCCUGCUGGAUACCUGAGGUGUGUCCAGUUGCACUACCUCACUGGCAGUUUUUGAAGCUAGCACUGAUUAGAUUGAUCUGACAUAGCACCAAGCCCAGCAGGACUCAAAAGCUCCACAUUCAUCACUGAUGGAGUGACUCUCCGUGGAAAGGGUAGUUUGUUAACAAGGAGCUGUGUGGAGGCACCGUGAGCAUGAAAGCCCAGUGUGAUACUAGCUGUGCACACAGGAUGUUUCUGACACCUUACAGAAGAGGAUACAAAGGGAUUUCCCACCAGAAAGGGCACCAACAGAUAGUUUCUUCAUGUUAAGCACCCUUUUGAAAUAUGAACUACUUGCCAGCAAUACUAAAAGUGAAGCAGAAGGAGAAAACACAGCAGGAGGGGGCUGAAAUAUUUAACAGACUCAAACUUUCAACACAAGAGAAGUGACAGCAAGGGGCAGCUUUGGUGCAUAUGCACUAUAUUGUGGUUCUACUAAGUUAUAUUUUCCUAAUUCAAAAUGAUGCCAUUACUUUUCACUCUGGAAUAUUCAAAUUGGGACAGAUGACACGCAUCCCAGUGUUCUGAAGGAACUGCCUGAUGUGGUUGGCAAGUUGCUCUUCAUCAUAUUAAAAAAAUCAUGGCUGUUAGGUGAAGUUCCCAGUGACUGGAAAAAGAGAAACAUCACUUCCAUUCUCAGGAAAGGAAGACCCAGGGAACUACAGGUUGAUGAGCCUCACCUUUGUGCCUUAUCUGGGAAGAUCAUGGAAGAUAUUCCUGGAAGAGAUGUUAAGACACAUGCAAGACGCAGAGGUGAUCAGAGACAGCCAUUGUGUCUUCAACAAGGGCAGAUCAUGCCUGAACCAUCUGGUGGCCUUCUAUGAUGGAGUGAUGGCUUCGGUGGACAAAGGCAAGGCAACCUAUGCUGUCUACCUGGACUUGUGCAAGGCCUUUUGUGUGGUCCCUCACCACAGCCUUAUCUCUACAUUGGAGGAUUUGAAGGCUGGACUAUUCAGUGGAUAAAGAAUUGGAUGUUUGUAGCCAGAGAAUUGUUGUCAACAGCUCUGUCUGCAUAGAGGCUGGUCACAGUUGGUGUCCCCCAGGAUUGGUCUUGGGACCACUGCUCUUUAACAGCAGCAAAGAAGUGGGAUUGAGUGUACCUUCACAAAGUUUGCUGAUGACACCAAGCUGAGCGUUGCAGCUGAUCUCCAGCAGAAGGAACACCAUCUACACCAUCUAGACAGACCGGUACAUGCUCACAUGAGAAUCCAUUAACGAGGCUGCAGUGUACUCUUCCCUCCUGAUGCUCUAAAGGAUGUGGAAGCCUAUUUUUGCUCCCUCAAGCUGAAAAAUACACUUCAGAAGAAAGUGGCAGCAUUUCAGAGAGCGAUCUGACUUCAGUUUAUUCCCUCUAACAGAUGUUGCAACCAGAACAUUUACCUGGCCUUA